AAUGGGAGGCGGGUACGCGGGCCUGGUGUGAGAGCCGGGCGGAGGUCGGAGCUGAGCUGGAGGCCAGUCCCGGAGCAGCGACAGCAGAAAUGCCCAAUAAAGCCAAGAAGGAGAAGGAACCCUCCAAAUCCACCAAAAGCUCAAAGAACAGCGGGAAGGAUGGCGCCGACAACACGGAGGAGGUGGUGCAGCAGCCAGCCACCAACAAGCGUCCCAGCAACAGCGCCCCCCCACCCACCCAGCUCAACAAGAUCAAGUACUCGGGAGGGCCGCAAAUCGUCAAGAAAGAGCGACGCCAGAGCUCGUCGCGCUUCAACCUGGCUAAGAACCGAGAACUGCAGAAACUGCCAGCACUGAAAGAUGCCCUGACUCACGAGCGCGAGGACCUCUUUGUCCAGAAGCUGCGGCAAUGCUGCGUCCUCUUCGACUUUGUUUCCGACCCUCUGAGCGACCUGAAGUACAAGGAGGUGAAGCGGGCGGGGCUGAACGAGAUGGUGGAGUACAUCACACACAACCGGGACGUAGUGACCGAGGCCAUUUACCCCGAGGGAGUUAAUAUGUUUUCAGUGAAUCUGUUCCGGACGCUGCCACCUUCAUCCAAUCCAACUGGAGCCGAGUUUGACCCGGAGGAGGAUGAGCCAACGCUGGAGGCCGCAUGGCCCCAUCUCCAGCUUGUUUAUGAAUUUUUCCUGCGAUUCCUUGAAUCUACUGAUUUUCAACCAAAUAUAGCCAAGAAAUACAUUGACCAGAAAUUCGUCAUGUCGCUGCUGGAGUUGUUUGACAGUGAAGAUCCCAGGGAGCGAGACUUUCUCAAGACCAUCCUCCAUAGAAUCUAUGGCAAGUUCCUCGGCUUGCGAGCCUACAUCCGGAGACAAAUCAAUAAUAUAUUUUACAGGUUUAUAUAUGAAACUGAGCAUCACAACGGGAUUGCAGAACUCCUGGAAAUACUGGGCAGUAUAAUCAACGGGUUUGCUUUACCUCUGAAAGAAGAGCAUAAAAUGUUCCUGAUCAGAGUGUUACUGCCUCUGCACAAAGUCAAGAGCCUCAGUGUCUACCACCCACAGCUGGCCUACUGUGUGGUGCAGUUCCUGGAGAAGGACAGCAGCCUCACAGAGCCGGUGAUUGUAGGUUUGUUGAAAUUCUGGCCAAAGACGCACAGUCCCAAGGAGGUGAUGUUCCUGAAUGAACUGGAAGAAAUUCUCGAUGUCAUUGAGCCCUCGGAGUUUGUUAAAGUCAUGGAGCCGCUCUUCCGUCAACUCGCCAAAUGCGUCUCCAGCCCGCACUUUCAGGUGGCAGAGAGAGCUCUGUAUUACUGGAACAAUGAAUACAUUAUGAGUUUAAUCAGUGACAAUGCUGCCAAGAUCCUACCUAUAAUGUUCCCUGCCCUGUACAAAAACUCCAAGAGUCACUGGAACAAGACUAUACACGGGCUGAUUUACAACGCUCUCAAACUCUUCAUGGAGAUGAAUCAGAAACUCUUCGACGAUUGCACUCAACAGUACAAGGCAGAGAAACAGAAGGAGAAGUUUAAGAUCAAGGAGCGGGAGGAGAUCUGGCUGAAGAUCGAGGAUUUAGCGCGGAAAAAUCCUCGGGUUUUGAACCGUCCCCCAGCAUCGCCAAACCACUCGUACAACGCCCAUGGUGACCACACGGCUGUCAGCCCAGUCUUUUCCAUGGAGACCGAGACCCCCACCUCCGAGGACAUUCAGCUGCUCAAGAAAGCGGUAGAGACCGAGGCAGUUCAGGUGAAGAAGGAGAUGAAGAAGGAGAAGACACUUAUGCGCAGGAAGUCGGAGCUGCCCCAGGACGUGUACACGAUCCGGGCCCUGGAGGCGCACAAGAGGUCGGAGGAGUAUCUCAGCUCAAACCAGGAAGCACUCUGACGGGUAGCGGGGCCCCUCCCCCAUCCCCCUCACCCAGGAUCCUAGCGAGGCACUCUGUCCGUAUAAAGCAUAGAAUGAACUGUUGAUCAGUGUUUAUGUAAAGCUGCGUCUGUCUUUUGUAACCUGCUUUUUAAUUUUUACCUCGUCGCUGUUCUUUCCCUCCCUUGAUCUUUCUCUUCUCCCUCUUCACACUUCCCCCUCUCCCCCCAAGUCUGUCUGUCCUGUCAGGUGAUGGAGAGUGCGCGAGGCCAGUAUUGGUUGACUGGCCAGAGUGGAUGGAGCUGUCGGAUACCAUUGUGAAGACAUAUGGCUGUCUGUGUUGGCACCAUUUGAACCUUGAGGUACCGGGAACAUCACUUUCCCACUCGGUGUGACAGGUUGUGUAGCCAGCAGUGACAGAACAACAACCUGGUCGCUCUGUGUCUCCACGUAUCUGUAGAGUAACACAAUGGGUGUUUCUCCCCCACCGUGCACACACGUGCUCUCGCUCUCUCUGUGGCUUGGGUGUGCAUAAAUGAUUCUUCUCAGACUAGUAACUUUUAGGGGUGGGAGGGACCUGGGGCAGAGAAAGGGACCAGGAUGGGGCAAAGCCAGGGUUGUGAUUGAGAGGAAGGAUAGAGCACGGUUCUGUGAGGUUCAGUCGAUGCAAUGCUGUAGGGUGACUGUCACAUGGGGUUGUAAUUAGAAAGGAAAGUAGUUGCUCCUGAGGCGGAGUUAGUUUGGAGUAUUGUGUGACUGACGAUUGCGAAGCUACUGCUCACCCUUUUUCUCCAUCCACAAAACACUCAGCAACGUUUGUACCUCAUAUUUGUUGGACUUCUUAAUCAUUCCAGACUGGGUGGUGAUCGAUUGAGGGAUGGGAUCUGUGUGUGCCAGUGAUUAAACAGGAGAUUCCAACAUUGUAGAUUGAGUGUGCUGGAUUCUCCCUAUCCUCUGUCGUUUUCUGUGUUAUUUGCUCCCGCUGUUGGUGUGAUGGCAAAACCAGUGAUUCACAGAAUGUAUUGGUGCAAGUUAAACUCACUUCUAAUGCAGGUGGGUGCCAUGUGGAUUUAAGACUGAUAUAUGGACCAUACAGCCCCCUGCCCCACUCCAAAAACAAUGGCUAACUUUGAGGCUAUUGGGAUGUGCCGUUAUUGCUUCCUGCUGAACACACAGGAAUUGAUGGUGGAAAUUAGCCUCUUUUUAGAGCUGGUUGACUGGCAGCUGCUCUUCUAUUGCUCCUUAUAACAGGGUUUGACUAUCCGUCCUUCAAUUGUGAACAUUGAACCAAUAACGAGAAACCAGCCUGUGAUCUGCCAGGAUUAGUAAUAACAAUUACCGGCAUUGCGUAAGUCUUUCCAGAUGAUAUAUGCCCAUGGAUCCAAUUGGAGUUUCUGGACUUGUUUAUGAAUAGUUGUGAAUAGACAAGUGUGCAACUUCUUCACGUAGUUUCUGUUAGCUCUCCAGUGCAGCAAAUUUCUGCCGAGAUACAAUGAUACUCUCAUUAAUCUGGCAAAUGCUUCUGUGGUCUCCUUUUGAUAGUUCAUUGACAACAAUUUGUUCUCCCUAGAGUGGGGUGGGAAUGGGAGUCUGGGACUGCUGGCAUGCCUGUGGUGUGAAUGAAUGUGUCUGGUCCAGUGUUUGAACCCUCAAGUGUUGCUGCAGGAGCGCCGGAGGAUAAACCCUCCCCCCCCCCCAGGCUGAUGCCAGAAUGCAGAGCGUUUGGUUGUUGCGCUUCACGGCUCCAUUGUUACCUCGUGCCACAAAUCCUGCAUUAAUAUCUUGCACAGAAAUAGCACUUUCCAAGGAGUAGACUGAAGGCUUCUGCAGGCCUGAGACUAUUUAUUCCUCACUAGGUGAUGCUAAAUAGUUUGGGUUGGGAGAAAAGAUUUGUUGGGUCUAUGACCUGAUUUUUAGAGGGGGGUGGCAAGGGUUAGAGGGUAAGAUUCAUCUGGAAGGUGAUGGUAAGGGCAGUCUUUAUCUGUGAAAUUAAAUGCUGUUGUCUAUCACAAGGAGGAGCUCCAUUUCCAUAACUCCUUAAGGUCUUGGCAGAGAGCACUCAUUGAAUGCCUCACAAACCUGUCUUUGUUUAACCUCACUGAAAUGGGACAGCAGCUCUCUCUGCUAAUAUUGUCUGUCUGUAAAUGCAUUUGUGUAAUUAUUGUUUGAGCCCAGUUCUGAUCAAGUGCAUUUUACAAAGGUGGGAGUAGAUUCUCACAGCAAAACACUAGAUGAAUUUGUCUAAAAUCAUGUUCCACUUGUACGAGGGAAGAGUUCAGCAGCAUCUGUCUCAGUGCUUGUCCACCAGACUGGCCUUCCAGCCUGUGGUGUUAAUGUUUGCCAGGAAGUGCAAGCCUGCUGUUGUCUCCUGCUGGUUCACCAUGUAAUAGCCACCGGCAGGAAGCACCUUGCUUUUUUGUGGGGCGAGGUGGGGGGAGGUUAGCACUUGACAUAAAACAUUCAUGGAGAGGGAGGGGUGGGAUUAGAUUGAGUGUCAGAAGUGAUGGGGGUGGAGUGGGGGGCAGUUUCUCAGCUCUACAGGAACAGGGGAGGACUAAUCAAAGACAACUUUCUGACUAUUAAGCUGCUUAGUUAAUAUUGUACAUAUGCUGUACUUUAUUUUAGGUAGAGCAUCACAUAGUAUCAAAUGUCAUAUUUUGUACAGAUGUUCAUGUAUGUACAGAACAAAAAUAAACUGGGUCUCCUUGAAGAAAA